GAUCAACGACGGAAGAAAUUUCCGCCGUGGAUGACAUUGCACCAGUGGAACCCAAUCACGUCACUUCACCCACCAACGUCAUCGGGCUCCAGCAGCCGUCUCCCCCAGUCAACCGCCUCGCCUGCGCCGGACCUGACGGCCGCUUAACCAUGGUUAGCCGGGAACCUCUAUAAAAAGCGGGAGCCACCCACACUUCUUGGUGGUGGCGGGGCUCCGGUAAAGGAUAGGCCACGCAUCCUCGUCACACCCGCUAGUGUCGACUGCCUCUGCGUUGCAUCUUCCUUUGCUCACUCAGGGUAGGCGAGUGUGGCCGUUCACCGUCCUCUGAGAAAGAUGCCUGUGGUCGGCCAGACGGUGUGCGUCACCGGCGCCGGAGGGUUCAUUGCUUCCUGGUUGGUGAAGCUGCUCCUGGAAAAGGGAUACACCGUGAAAGGCACGGUCAGAAACCCGGCGGAUCCGAAGAACUCCCAUCUGCGGGACCUCGAAGGAGCGGAGGAGAGAUUGAUCCUGUGCAGGGCGGACCUCCUUGAUUACGAGAGCCUUCUCCAAGCCAUCCAAGGAUGCCAGGGAGUCUUCCACACGGCCUCCCCCGUGACCGACGAUCCGGAAGAGAUGGUGGAGCCUGCCGUGAGGGGCGCCAAGAACGUGAUCCAGGCGGCGGCGGAAGCCGGAGUUCGCCGCGUGGUGUUCACCUCCUCGAUCGGGGCGGUGUACAUGGAUCCCAACAGGAGCCCCGAUGUGGUGGUCGACGAGAACUGCUGGAGCGAUCUCGACUUCUGCAAGAACACCAGGAACUGGUACUGUUACGGGAAGACGGUGGCGGAGCAGACGGCGUGGAAGGAAGCGGAGGAGAAGGGGGUCGACCUGGUGGUGGUGAACCCGGUGUUGGUGCUGGGUCCUCUGCUGCAAUCCACCGUUAACGCCAGCACGGUCCACGUCAUGAAGUACCUGACAGGCGCGGUGAAGACGUACGCCAACUCGGUUCAGGCCUACGUCCACGUCAAGGAUGUGGCGCUCGCCCAUAUCCUGGUUUUCGAGAACGCCGCGGCGUCCGGCCGGUACCUGUGUGCCGAGAGCGUGCUUCACCGCGGCGACGUGGUCGCCAUCCUCGCCAAGCUUUUCCCCGAGUAUCCCAUCCCCACCAAGUGCUCGGAUGAGGUAAAACCAAGGGCGAAGCCUUACAUGUUCACCAACCAGCGCCUGAAGGAGCUGGGCCUCUCCUUCAUCCCCACCAGGCAGUGCUUCUACGAGACGGUCAAGAGCCUCCAGGACAAAGGGCACCUCCCCAUGCCUCAGCCUCUCAACCAGAAUGUCGCCAUCCAAUAGGAGGGUUCACACCCUCCUUCCUGCCACAGAAGGUUAACUUACUAGUUGAUCUCAUGGAUAUGUAAAUGACUCUAUGGUAGCAGUAAUAAAUCCUUCAGAACGUGCUUCUGUUGGCUUCAUAAUUCAAGAACUUCAUCCCGAGGAAGUUUGCUAGUGAAGCAGUUAGCAUCCUUUAUCAAUGAAAAGGCUCAUGAUUUUGGCUUCUCUUUUUACUGUAGCAAAACGAGGGCAUUGGAGUUGCCACCUACUUUGUUUGUUUUUCUUUUUUGCCUUUUUUAGUUGUUGUUCAAAGUCUAGUGGGGGGUAGGGAUGAUGAAUGCAUCCAUGGAAUUGUUGGGACUUGGAAGGCUCUGUCAUCAGUCACUGCCCAUUCAUUUUCUCCCAUCUACUUUACUGCUCGUGGGUGGUUGUGUGUUUGGAGUUGGCAAGCACAGUUGCUCGGAGUGUGUGGAACGGUGGUAGUUGGCAGCGCGUCCUUCCUCUCUGCUGUGCAGAGGCCCCACGGCACUGCUGUUCUGGUCCUUUUCCUUGCGUUUCUCUUCAGUGCUGUGUGGACAUCUGGCAAUAAGAUUUAUAAGUUAUUGGAAA